GAAAAGAGGAAGAAGAAGAAGAACCCGUAGGAAUCCCAAGAAGAAGAAACAGCAGUAUCGGCAGGUUCGGAUCAGGCAUGGGUUCGGCUGGCUGGACGGUAGGAGGAGGUUCUGGCUCGGUUCCGGGCGCAUGAGCUCGGUUCGGGUCCAGUUCGGCUGGUAUUUGUUGGAAUGUUUUGUUCUGGUUGUUGGACUCAGAGACGGACCGCCAGCAGGAUGCUAACUGCUAGCUGCAGCAGCGGGGUGGACCGGGCCAUGCGGCCGGAGGAACCGCGUCCUUUUAUGGACCGGAACCAGCGAACCCAGCUGCUAGAACGCUUCUAGACAGGAGGCACUCUGAUAGAUCUACAUCUAUGAGAUGAGGAGACAGCGGUCCAUUUGGACCACAGGACUGGUUCUGCCGAAGGUGAAGCCCUGCAUGGCUAACCAGGCUAGCUGGAGCGCCCCCUGGAGGCUAGCCGGGUUAAGGUUAGCUCUAACCCUAACCGCUCCCUGGAGCCACCAAGGAGCAGCUGUGAGGUCAUCAGCGUUGUCAUGGAGAUGGGAGCCAAUCAGAAGAGGGUCCAGGUGGAAUGACAUCAUCAUAUCACAGGUGGUUCUGCUGCAGACGCAUCGCCCACAGAGGGCAGCGGGUGGUUCUGCUGCAGACGCAUCGCCCACAGAGGGCAGCAGGUGGUUCUGCUGCAGACGCAUGGCCCACAGAGGGCAGCGGGUGGUUCUGCUGCAGACGCUUCGCCCACAGAGGGCAGCAGGUGGUUCUGCUGCAGACGCUUCGCCCACAGAGGGCAGCAGGUGGUUCUGCUGCAGACGCUUCGCCCACAGAGGGCAGCGGAUGUUCCGGUUCCGAUGCUGCCGUCCAUCCAGACUGCUGUUACCACGGCGAUCUGAGGUUCCGGUUCUGACAGGUUCCCCUCUGCGGGUUGCCGUGGCGAUGAGGAGGCGGGACAUCCAUCCUGUGGGUCGGUUCUGGAGAACCUCACACUGGAACCGGCUCCCUGUGGAUCAUUCAGAACCAGGCUGGGUUCUGACCCGCUUCAGUUCGUCUCCAGAACCGUGAUCCGGGCCUCUCCAGAACCCAUCACUGUAACCAUGUCGUGUUCCGGACAGGAACCCAAACACCAGAACCAAAGAACCCAUCCCUGGUUCUGUCAGCGGGUCCGGUUUGUUCUGGAGCGGUUCUGGGUGGGUUCUACUAGCUCUGUUUGUUUUCGGGUCGCUGCUUCCAGAACUUUAAUAAAAACUCUGUUGAUGAA